AUGACGCCCUUACGGUAUGAUCAAACAACAAAAAAAGCAUUUGUAUCCAUAAUGCGUGGUUGUAAUAAUAUGUGUUCAUUUUGUAUUGUCCCAUUUACAAGGAGUCGAGAACGGAGUAGACCUAUGAAAAGUAUUUUAGAAGAACUCAAGUAUUUGGUUGAUAUCGGAAUUAAAGAUGUUACAUUACUUGGACAAAAUGUCAAUAGUUACUGCGAUGAAUCCGAAACUCAAAUAUCAUUACAUACGUCAAAAACAUUGAGUCGAGGAUUUCGAGAAAAUUAUAAAACAAAAAAGAAAGGUAAUUAA